AUGUUGUCGUUUGCUGGUAAAGGCAGGAAACUAGAGGCCGGAGCAAAUUUAUCACGGAGUCUGAAUGAGAACAGCGGCGAACAGUCUUCACCGCGUCAGGAGCCCAGAAAAUCCCCAGGAAGUCCCUGCUAUAACUGUGAGACACCGGAGAUCCAACUAGUCAUCAAAGAAGAAGAGGAGGGCUGGAUAGAGAGCUCUGUUUCAAAUGAAGUGAAGAGACAUCAGAGAGUGCAACCAGGGAAGAAAUGCUGCGAGGAGUUUGAUGAGCGCUGUGGGCAGAGCUCCAUUGCAGAGGGCCAGCAGGGACAUGUGCCCACAGGCUCCAAAGAGAGGUUUAUGGAUGGAAGGGUGCUUCAAUGCAAUGACACAGAAGAGAAACCGCUCUCUUGCUCAGUGUGCGACCAGGGCACCAGUGAUAAAAGGAACAGGAAAUCCCAUCUGAGAAUGCACACAAGGGAGGAGAGCAAGACCCAAGAACAGAGCUCAUCUUUACACACAGAGAAGCCACGCCACUCCAAAAGAUCCACUCCAUGCCUAACAGAUUCAGAUGAACGUAACCGCCUGACCUCACAUGGACUGAACCAGACCCUCCAUUUGACUGUCAGACUGCAAGCAGGGGAAAAGGAGGACCAGGAGGAACGUGAUGAAGAAAUUGGAGGUUUAAUCAACUCGGAUGGAGAAGUGGUCGAAUGGGAGGCCAGAGAAUAUUCUGACCAAGGCUCUGAUUGCACAGAAGGUCCUCAGUCAGGAAAGGGUGUCAUUCUGUCUGAGCUGCAAGGACGAAGCCAGAAGGACAGUAGCAGUCCCACACUCAUCAUGGAAGCUGAAUCUGUGGCUGAAGAUGAGGAGAGAAACGAAGAAAAACAAAAAGAGAGAGAGGGAAAGAUGACAGCAGUCGCACCUUUACAUUGUGCCAAGCGACACAAUCGAAGGAAGACAGAUACCAAACUAUCUGCUGAUGGAGAAGAAGCAAACGCUGGUGUUUCAUCUGGUAAGAAGAGACCUGGCAGAAAGAUGGUGCGUGUACCAAUAGAAAUACCUCCAGCGCUGCUGAAGAAGCCCAAAGAGAAGGUUGAGUACCACUGUUCAGUUUGUGGCAAAGAAUUCCCACACGCCUACAAACUGGAACGACACGAGCUGAUCCACACAGGAGAGAAACCCUACUGCUGCUCCAUCUGUGGUCGUGGUUUUAACCAGAAGGGAAAUCUGAAAACACACUACAAAGUCCACUUGGGUAGAAAGGGUGCUGUGGAUUUUGAUGAUGACGAAAACCCCUCUGCAUCCGAACUCUCUGAAUAUUUGAAGUCUUUGCCGGGCGAGUCCAAGAUCCGAUCAUCUGUUCGUUGCCUGGAAUGUGGAAAAGACUGCGAGACCCAGUCAGCAUUACAAGAACACCACACUGCUGCGCACAGCGAGGCGGCGGCUAAACCGGACACAGCUGAGCACAGCGCGUCACAGUUUCUCUUCUGCCGCCGCUGCGGCGUCCAGUUCAGCGAAAGAGGAAAGCUGGAUGAGCACAUGAAAACCCACGUGAAGGAGAAACCCUACUCGUGCCCUGACUGCGGCAAGAGGUUCAUCAACGAGAGCUACAUCCAAGUUCACCAGCGGAUCCACACCGGGGAGAAACCGUUCCUGUGCUCCCAGUGUGGCCGAGGUUUCCACACAGCUUCCUCGCUCAAACUGCACGAGAUGCAGCACUCCGGGGAGAGGCCGUUUGCAUGUUCCAUUUGUGGGAAAACAUUUCGGAUUAACUCAUACCUAACGGCUCAUUAUCAGACCCACAUCAAAGAUAGGCCUUUCAUUUGUAGCGUGUGUGGGAAAGGCUACUCCAGGUCAGAAGAGCUGAAGGAAAAGCUUUCUGAGGAGCCAAUAGAGAGCCAGGGUCCUUGGACAUCAAAGAACGGUUACGCCUGUCCCACCUGUGGCAAAGUGUUUUCUCAGAACCAAGGCCUUAAACGACACCUUGUGGUCCAUUCGGGAAAAAGACCAUUCAAAUGCUUCAUAUGUGGAAGAGGAUUCACACAGAGUGGAAACCUCAAAACACACAUGAACGUUCACGAAGACAAGAAGAAGCUCCUGGCGUCCUCGUGA